AUGGAGACUUGGCUGCAAGACGUACUAAGUGCAUUUAACUUGUGCGUUUGCAGGGUUUCUCAGGCUGCAGCAGACUUGAAGCAGUUCUGCCUGCAGAACGCGCAACAUGAUCCCCUACUGACAGGAGUAUCAUCAAGUACAAAUCCAUUCAGACCCCAGAAAGUCUGUUCAUUUUUGUAAUUACGUGAACUACUUCGGUAUCUUUC